AACAACACUCGUCUCAAAGACAGUGGUUACACGGGAAAAGGACAAUACUUAAUCAAGUUAGCCGAAACCAGUAACAUUCAAAAUUGGACUUUUUAUGAAGAGUGUUUCACAUUAACGCUGACCCCGUCUUCAGCUAGAACCACCGAAUGCAGUCUUUGUGACAUCUAAACUUUGGCCCUGGAGCAAACGUGAAGGUAUCUAGUUUUUCAUCAUGACCCAUGAGGAUGAUAAGGUGAUCCCAGUGAGGGUCGCCUUGCGAUGCCGCCCCUUGGUCCCUAAAGAAACCAACGAGGGCUGUCAGUGCUGUCUGACGUUCGUGCCUGGAGAACCGCAGGUGAUCGUUGGCACAGAGAAGGCGUUCACCUAUGAUUAUGUAUUCGAUCCCACCACCGAACAAGAAGAGGUCUUCAACACCACCGUGUCCCCCUUGUUGUGUGGGCUUUUCAAAGGCUACCAUGCCACAGUUCUUGCAUACGGACAGACGGGAUCAGGGAAGACCUUCUCCAUGGGAGGCACGUACACAUCGGCUCAAGAAAGUGACCCUUCAGUCGGAGUUAUUCCGCGAGUUAUCAGAAGGAUCUUUGAGGAAGGGGAGAAGAGGCCCGCCUGUGAAUUCAGUCUGGCGGUAUCUUACCUGGAGAUCUAUAAUGAAGACAUAUUGGACUUGCUGUGUGCAUCGAAAGAUAAAUCAGGCCUCAGCAUCAGGGAAGACCCUAAAGAAGGGAUUAAGAUCGUGGGUUUAACUGAGAGGAAGGUGGUCACCGCCCAGGAGAUGGUGGGUUGUCUGGAGGUCGGAAAUUCCGUUCGCACCGUGGGCUCCACGGCGAUGAACGCUGCCUCCUCGCGCUCGCACGCUAUCUUCACCAUCACGCUGGAGCAGCGCAGAGGGACAGACAAAGCCGACUCGGUUGUUUCAAAAUUGCACCUCGUGGAUCUGGCUGGUUCAGAAAGGCAAAAGAAAACCAAAGCAGAGGGAGAUCGGUUAAAGGAAGGCAUCAGCAUCAAUCGGGGCCUUUUGUCUUUGGGUAAUGUGAUCAGCGCCUUGGGGGACGAAAGCAAGAAAAGCAGCUUUGUACCUUACAGAGACUCCAAGCUCACCCGCCUGCUACAAAACUCUUUGGGAGGCAACAGCCACACUUUGAUGAUCGCGUGCAUCAGUCCUGCAGACUCAAACAUGGAGGAGACCAUCAACACGCUGCGAUACGCUGACCGAGCUCGCAAGAUUAAAAACAAGCCUGUCGUCAACGUUGACCCGAGAGCUGCAGAGAUGAACCGCUUGAAACAACAGGUUCAGGAGCUGCAGGUGAUGCUGCUUCAUGCCCGUGGAGGAGUCGCUCCGGUGCUCUCUGGGCCAGAGUCAACGGCGAAGGUGACGAAGCUGUUGGAAAGGAAUCGCGCUCUGCAGGGUGAGAACAAUAAGCUGAGCAGGGAGCUGAGUGAGGCAGCGGGACAGACUGCCCUCAUGUUCGAGAAGAUAAUUAUGACGGAGCAUGCAAAUGAGAAACUACAGAGCAGAAUGGAGCAGCUGAGCGACCAUGCAGCAUGUACAGUGGAUCUGGAGAAAGUGUUGGAGACGCUGGAGGACCAGGAGUUGAAGGAGAACAUCGAGGUGAUGAAGAACCUGCAAGACAUCGUGUUGGAGCUCAAGAAUGAGAGUGAAGGCAUCGCCGCCUCCAUCGACGCCAUGGCUGCAGGAGAGGACGGACGCGAGGUGUCCGGGAACGGCAGUAAAAAUGACGAAUCCUCAUCAGAUGCCCCAGAGGGCUUCACGACCCAUCAUGCACUGCGACAGGCUCAGCUCUCCAAGGAGCUGAUCGAGCUGAACAAAGUGCUGAGCUUGAAGGAGGCUUUCGUGAAGAAAAUGUGCCAGAAUGACACCCAGCUGGAGCCGAUGCAAUCGGAGCACCAGAAGAAUGUACACACUCUACAGUCCGCAGUGGAUUCUCUGCAGAAGGAGAAGGAAGAUCUGGUUUUGGCACUUCAGUCUGCAAAGAAGGACACUAACCAGGCGAAGCUCAGUGAGCAGCGCAGGAAGAGACUGCAGGAGCUCGAGGGCCAGCUGGGGGACAUGAAGAAGAAGCUUCUCGAGCAGUCCAAAAUGCUGAAGCUCAAAGAGUCCUCCGUUAAGAAAGUUGGCAACCUGAUGCAUGAGAUACAGUCCAUGAAGACCCAGCGUACACAGCUGAUGAGGCAGAUGAGGGAGGACUCAGAGAAGUUCCGAAACUGGAAGAGCCUGAAGGACAGGGAGGUGCUGCAGCUGAAGGAGAAGGAUCGUAAACGGCAGUACGAGUUACUUAAACUUGAGAGGGAUUUCCAGAAACAAGCCAAUGUUUUGCGACGUAAAACUGAGGAGGCUGCAGCUGCAAACAAGCGGUUAAAAGAUGCGCUGCAGAAGAGAAGUGAGGCAGCAGAUAAACGCAACAGAGGAACAGAGGGAUCUGCUGCAAGACUUAAGACAUGGCUUAUCAAUGAGUUGGAGGUGAUGGUCAGCACAGAGGAGGCCCGGCGGCACCUCAACGAUCUGCUGGAUGACCGGAAGGUCUUGGCUCAGGAGAUCAACCACCUCAAGCAGCAGAUAGAGGCAGGGGACCGACCAGCUGCCAAAAUCAGGCGUCGGACGCUGAUCAUCUCUGAGCUGGAGACCCAGGGAGCGCUGGAAACACCUCUGACCAAACAGGUGGAGAACCUGGAGACGGAGAUGGCCCUCAGGAAUGCCCAGAUCGCUGACCUUCAGCAGAAAGUCCUCGUCGCUGACGGCGAGGGCCGUUUGAAACAGCGCCUCGAUAGCAUCACCAGCAUAGUCGACGCCAAGUACUCCCUUAAGGUCCUCAUGUCUGAGCUGGUGUCUGCAAAAACAGCAGGUGGCAAGCUGGAGAGCGAGCUCAAACAGGAGACGGGGAAUUCACAAGAUUUAAGGAAGAUGAUGGCUGAUGAGAGACACGUGAUGUCCACCAUGGACAUGGAGCACCAGCAGCAGUUGGUGGAACUAGAGCAGCGGCAUCAGGAGAAGGUCCAUUACCUCCUUAAUCAGCUCCAGAGCAAGCCCAUAUGUGAAGAGCCAGCUGAGACGAAGCAGACGGAUGAGGAGAGUGCAAAGGAGAAGGAACUUCUCCAGCGCCUCAAAGUUCAGGAAGAAGAGCUUGAAAAGCUACGAGAAUUAAGUGAGCGGAACCAGACACUGGUGGAGCAGAAUGAGACGUACAAGGAGAAACUCUCAUCGCUCUGCCUGGCAAGUGGAAAGAAAGUCCUCGCGCCCGCGACCAACAAUGAAAAGAACCCGGAGGACUCGUUUGAGUACGUUCCUCCGAAGCCUAAAGGGAAGCGCUUCACCACCGCUAAAGCGCCGCUGAACACGACCAUCAGCAUCGAAGAGCUGAUGUCUCCCAGCGAGGACGAGAGUGGGGGGGAACAGGAUGAGUGGCGCCCCGAGAAACCGGAGAAGGGACGCAGAACCUCAAAGAAACCGAAAGCAACCGGGUGUGCGUGUAAAGGUCGCUGUGGCAACAAGCAGUGCAGGUGCCGCAAAGGAAAGCUGACGUGCGGAGAGAACUGCCAGUGUGAUCACGAGAAAUGUCGAAAUAUGGACAACCAGGUGCUUGCUGGGGAUGUAAGUCAGACAGAAAUCAUCUCCAAAGACUCCAUGUCUCUUCAAGAUCCCAUAUCCGACAGCCCGGACAACGCCACGUUCUUUCAGCCGCCGUCUUGUACGCCCACUAAGAAGGUGCUGAAAGAUAUCGGAGACAUGGGGCAUGCCACCGCUGACCUGAAGUUGGUCAGGAAACCGUCCUUUCCAGAGGAAGAGGAGGAGGAGGAGGAAGAGGAUGACUAUGGGAAGGACCGGACUACCGUCAGCUUCCUCAAGAAGAAGAAACGGCUCCUGACCAGUUUUCAGAACAGUUUUUUCUCCGGAUGCACUCCAAUCAGAGAGGAGUCUUAAUCGGGACGGCGGGGUCCCGUGUUUGAAUGUUUUGUGUAUAUGUGACUGAACUGUCUUGUACUGUAACAUGAGAGUAGCUGUUGAUUCUAAGACACUUUGUUUUCGGUAACUAACGGACUGUGAACAGCAUCGAAUCUUUUACUGGAAUUCACAAUGAGAUGAUCAAGAAGCCUGUACAUAUUUUAGUUUAACGCGUUAGAUGAUAUUUCUUAUAUAGUAAGACUAAAUUUACUUUGCUUGUUUGUCAAAUCAGUCGUCCACCAAUUUAUCCGAGUACUAUUCAACACAUCAAUUCAACACCGCGUCCCUAUUAGGUUUUUUCCCGGUGCUUUUACUAUCGGAGCUGAAUAAAGUCUUGCAGUCAAAUCUUGCUUUUAAAGAACAAACUGUUUUUCUUCUUGUCUGAAUGUGUACUAAUGUUUAAUAUCUGUGUUGUAAGUUGAUGGAAAAUAAUUUAUAUAAUUAUUUAGUGGGUUAAUGUUUUACAUUGCUGUCUCUUUAGUGGAAAGUGGAAAA